UAUAUAUAUGCACACACACGAAAAAUAUAAAAUAGGUAAAAAAAACCCGACAACCUCGACGCCGCCUCUUUGCUACUCCGCCUCCUCCCUCUCACGCAUCGUCGACUUCUCCGUUUUCGCAUCGCCAUGGCGAGGAUCAAGGUGCACGAGCUCCGGGGGAAGACGAAGGCGGAGCUCCUCACGCAGUUGAAGGACCUCAAGGCCGAGCUCUCGCUCCUCCGCGUCGCCAAGGUCACCGGAGGAGCCCCCAACAAGCUCUCCAAGAUCAAGGUGGUUAGGGUUUCGAUCGCGAGGGUUUUGACGGUGAUCUCGCAGAAGCAGAAGGCGGCGCUGAGGGAGGCCUACAAGAAGAAGAAGUACCAGCCGCUCGAUCUCCGCCCCAAGAAGACCCACGCCAUCCGCCACAAGCUCACCAAGCACCAGGAGUCAUUGAAAACAGAAAGGGAGAAGAAGAGAGAAAAAUACUUCCCCAUGCGGAAAUAUGCAAUCAAAGCCUAGAUUAGAAACAUGGGGUGAACUUUCUUGUCAUCUUAUUGGACGAAUUUUUUGUUUAUUUUUGAUCUUCGACUCUGCUGUUUUUCAUGAAUUUUGUCUUCUCAAUGAGUGAUUUGGUACGAUUUUGUUUAAUUUCCACAAUAUCUGUAGUUAUUUUCUGUAAUCGGUCUGAUUUCAGACUUGGAUCCGUGGGAGUAUAAAGCUUAUCCUAGCUUUCUUCUGCAGCAAGUGCUAGAUUCCUUAUUAA